AAGCAGCGGCGGCGGCGGGUAGGAGGGAGGGAGCAAGAUGGCGGCGCGGUGGGUGCUGCUCCCGGCGUUGGCCUUGGCGCUGCUGGGCCCGGGCCGCGCCGGGGCCGCGCUCAACCUGCAGGAGCUCAGCGACCUCAAGUACGGCAUCGAGAUCGCGGCCGAGCCCGUGCUGGCCGGGCAGAGCCGGGCCGAGGACGUGGUGACCAUCUCCUCCAAGUACAAGCAGAAGUACGAAUGCCGCCUGCCGCCGGCUGCCAUCAAGAUCCACCGGGAGCCUGAAGAUGACCCCCGGGGUUACAGCGGGCUGGGCAUCAUGGAGCUGCUGCGGCCCAUGGGUGCUGCGCCCUGUCUCCGUAAGACCAAGGACUGGUGGACAUAUGAGUUCUGCUACGGGAGGCACAUCCAGCAGUACCACAUUGAAGAGUCGGAGAUCAAGGGGGAUGUCCUGUACCUGGGCUACUAUCAAUCUGCCUUUGACUGGGACAAUGAGACUGCCAAGGCCUCGAAGCAGCACCGUCUCAAGCGCUAUCAUAGCCAGACCUACGUCAACGGCUCCAAGUGUGACCUCAAUGGUCGCGCCAGAGAGGCUGAGGUCCGGUUCCUGUGCGAGGAGGGCUCGGGUGACUACAUCGCGCGGGUGGAUGAGCCACAGUCGUGCUCCUAUGUGCUGACAGUGCACACGACCCGCAUCUGCCACCACCCCUUCCUACGCCCACCCGCAGCUGCCACACCCCAGCCCAUCCGCUGCCAGCCUGCGCUAAGCCCUGCCCAGUACCUCCAGUAUGUCCAGGCCCAAGUCUCUGACACUAAGCGCAAGGUGGAGGAGAUCUCGGAGGAGCUACGGACGCUGGACACACGGCUCUGGAGUGAGCAGGACCCCAGCCCGGCCAAGCCCCCACCCAGGGAAGACCCUUCCCUCGAUGGUGAGCCCUCUGCUCCCAGCCCGGCAGAGAAUGCUGGCCCCCGAGACCCCCCACCCACAGCAGAUGACCCGUUGGACCCCACCAAGGAGGAGGAACCCACAGUAAAGGCGCCUGAUGGCCCCCUGGCAGAUUUCCACCGGAAAAUCCAUUUCAAGGUGAUUCGGAGCCCGGGGGACCUGGUGCAGCUCAUCGAAGAGCUGAAAGCAAGUGCCCGGAAGGCCAAGGCAAAGGCAGCGGACCUCAGCCCAGAGCCCCCUGAACCCGAGGAGGUGACAGCAGGGCCUGAACCCCCUGAGGAGGAGCAGGAUGAGGCCGAGGCGGAGCUGCUGGGCGCCUUCGAGAAGGAGCUGCAGGAGCUGCUGCCUGGUGCCCGCUCCCCACGGCUGGGGGCCGAGGUGCGGGCCCGCGUGGAGAAGGAGUUUGACAACAUCCUGGACGAGGUCGAGGACGAGCUGGAGACCGAGGGCCUGAAGGGUGAGUUUGACCGCACCCGGGCUUCCAAGUCACUGGCUUCCACCCUCAACAAGCUCAUCGACCGCCUGGACACGGGCACCGGUGCCCCCAAGGGGCACAAGGAGGAGGAGGAGGCUGAAGAUGACAUCAGCCCUGCUACCAAGCCGGAGGCUGAUGGUACGGAUGAGCGGGUGAGGGUGCGGGUGACCCGGGUGCGCCCGGGCAGCACUCUGCAGAAGGAGCUGCGCGUGCGGGAGCAGGGCAAUGAGAGCCCACGGCUGCGCCACCUCGAGCGUGAAGUCCGGGACCUGCUGGACCGUGAGGGGCUCAAGGCUGAAGGGAAGAUCGAGAUCAAGAUCAUGACGCCGGGCGGCUUUGGGGACGAGGAUGAUGCCCACUGGCUCUCUGACGAGGACACCCGCCAUCUCAAGGACAUCUUUUUCAACAUCCUGAUCCAGGGCACAGAGGAGGCCCACAAGGAGCGCCGGCGGCAGCAGCAGCUGGAGGACAACUACCGCCUGGUGUGGGGCCGGCGCCAGGACGACCCCCCUGUGCCCACCAGUGCUGACCCUGAGGAGCCGGACUUCUGAGCACCCACGCCUGGCACCCCCCCACCCCGGGGGCUGGGGGGGGGAGUGAUCGGGCUGUUACUAUGGCAAUUGCUUGAGGGGGUGGGGGAGCGUGUUCUCUAGUGCCCUCUGCUAUGAGCCCCCCCGCCAUGCCCAAUGGUGGCAUUUGUACAUGGGUGUGAUCUGCCUUGCACGCACUAAUGAAAAGGCCAGGAUGGUGCCAGCUAUUAAGGGGCGCCAGGACCUUGCCAGCUGCUUGUCUGGGCAGAGCUGGGGGGGGGUUUGGCCUUGGCCUUUUCUCCCCCCAGCCUGGGGGAGGGCACAGGCAGGGAUAUGGUGGGGGGAGAUUCUUGCUCCAGGGCGGGCUGUGAGGGAGUGUCUUAGCCCCUCUCCCUCAUGCCAAGGCCUGGAGCAGGGUGCCCAUGCUUGGUUGGGGCAUCAUGGAGGGGGGGGAUCCCUAGGCAAUGCUGUAACUCAGGGUGUCAUGGCUGAGCCAGGCUGGUGCCCAGGGGCCAUCACCCUGUGGUGCCCCCUCUUCUGGGUUUGAGGCACCUCUUCCUGGAGACUUGUUGCCUCUGUUUUGGGGUGCUGGGUCCCCACCCCAGCUAGACUGGGGCCCCCACUCCCUCACAGGGGUCUCACAGGGAGAGAGGAGGGGAAUGGGGGUGCUGUGCCUGCCUGGGGCAGGGGUCUGUCUACCCCCCAGUCCUCGGGGUGGGUGGGUGGGAAGGGGCAGGGCUAGGGGGACAUUUCCCUCUCCCCCAGCUGUGGCCUGUAUCGGAUUUCCAUCAAUAAAGUGCGGUUGUCUCUA